AAAAAAAAACCUAAGGGACAUCUGGUUGUGGUAGUGUUGGAGAAAAAGGACAAGAAAGGUGAAAUACAGCAGGUGUCGUAUGCAGCUGAGGAACCUUGUCCAACUGCGGCUGAUGCUAAACUACGAACCUGUGUCUUGGCACUACAUGGCGUACAGAGCCAUCUGUCCAUGAAGAUGAUGAUUGCACCCGCAUUGCGGCCAUACUGGACCGAGUUGGACACCACGCACAAGCAAAAGCACACCCUCACAGUCCCCGGCGACCCGUUCGAGAAAACCGCCCCGAACACAGCCGAGUUCCAGAAGAAAAUGGAAGCCCUGAAGAUUGCACCUGUACCUCAAAAAGAGGACCGGGCCACCACAGAGAAUCCGGACAUGCCAAAACGCAUACAACUAGAGAGCAAGAAGAUCGAAGUACACAUGAGCGAAGCCGUCCGCGCCUUUGUGGAAGAAGUAAUUAAGAACACGCCUUUGGACAAUGUUAG